AUUAAUCAUUAAAAAUUAAAUAAAUAUUAAUUAAAGAAAACACGUGUUAAAUUAUUCCCAACUUAAUUAAUUUGCUGCGUGUUCUAAUCAAUUCUAACCUACAAAUUUAUAAAAUACUAAAAAUUAUAUGUAUACGUGUCAUUAUCUACAUAUUUAUGCUCAUAAAAUAAUAUAAACGUGAUCUUACGAUGAAUUUAGCAGGGACAGUACACUUAAAUAAAACUGGAAUAGCAAUAUUUGCAAUAGGUUUUUUAUUAAUUUUUUAUUAUGCUUUCUUGAGGGACACAUCAUCAAUGAACAACAUUAGAACAAUUAAUUUAAAAGAAUUACUUCAAACGUCGAUACUGGCAGCUAACGAGGGUGGUUUGGAAGUGCUCAAAUACAAAAAUACUAAUGAUAUUAGAAGUAAAGGUAAAACGAAAGAAGGUGCUAACGAUUCUGUGACUAUGGCUGAUUUAAAAUCACACUGUGUUAUGAUGGGGACUAUAAAAUCGUACGAUAAAAGAAUUCGUGUGAUAUCAGAGGAAGCUGUAGAUAAAUGUGAUUAUACUGGUAGUGAUAGAAUAAUUAAAUUAUCGGAAAUUGAUGAGUUAGUUGAUGUUAACGUUCCAGUAGAUGAUGUUACUGUUUGGAUUGAUCCUUUAGAUGCUACACAAGAAUUUACUGAGGGCUUAUUACAUUAUGUAACUACAAUGGUUUGUGUUGCCGUUAAAAAUAGGGCUGUUAUUGGUGUUAUUUAUCAACCAUUAAUUAAAAAGUGGUACUGGGGAUGGGUCGGUGUUGGAUUAUCUGAUAAAAACAUACAAGUUAAAGCUAAAUCGGACGAUUUUAUAAAGAUAAUCGUAUCAAGAUCACAUAAAGGUGCCGUUGAAGAAAUGAUUAAAUCUAGUCAAUUAAAGAAUUUUAAAAUAACAACAGCGGGAGGGGCAGGUUAUAAAGUAUUAGAAGUGGUAAAGGGUGAAAACGAUGUUUAUAUACACACAACAAACAUAAAAAAAUGGGAUAUUUGCGCUGGAAAUGCUAUACUUGAUGCGCUCGGUGGAAAAAUGGUUGAUUUAAAAGGGAAUUUAAUCGAUUAUGGGUAUGAUAGUAAUCACAUACAUGAAAAUGGAUUAAUUGCAUCUACCAAAAGCGAUGACAUUUAUUUAAAUAAAUUUGUAAAUAAUUAAA